UUUAACCUCUAAAAAAAAAAAAGGAUAAUCCUCCACCUAUUGUUAUUUUGAAUAAUAGAGAAAGAAACGACGACGUUCUGCUCAUGGACGAUUAUUCUGUUUCCUCCACCAUUGUCUUCUUAUCCGCGAAACUCUCCUUACUACGGCAAAGGGUAAAAAUGGAAAAUCGUUUCGGAUCGAAACCGAAGCCAGCGACGAUCAAGCUGAAGCCGAUCGAAGCCACUCCGGAGACCUUCCAAGAGUUCGGUCAGGUCGUCGAGGCCUCUGACGACGGAGAUCUUUUCAGCUCUAAAGAUGCUCAACUCGAUCUCACCCAUGGAAUUCCAAGGUUAUACAUUAUGAAAAUUGAGAAAAGACCACUGGAAUUUGCGUCAAUUACACACCAUGCGAGAGUGACCCAGUGUCUAGGUUCGAUUGGGGGUCAUGAAUGGUAUCUUGGGGUGGCUAGGCCAUCUCUGUUGGAAAAUUCAAAUGAAUCGGAGAGUGAUUUGGGCAAGAACGGUGUCAAGGCUUUGAGUGGCCAUUUGUACGAGCCUCCUCGUGUUGAGGAGAUUCGUGUUUUCAAAAUCGCAGGUUCCAAGUUCAUUAAGCUCAAUCGUGGGACUUGGCAUGCUGGGCCAAUUUUCAAGGCUGAGUCUAUGGAUUUCUAUAAUCUGGAGCUGACUGAUACCAAUUUGGUUGAUCACACAACGCAUCACUUCAAGGAAAAUGGAGUGGUUUUCUUUAUUGAUGACUAGCUAGCUUAUCAUAUAAUGUAAAUUGUCAAAUCCUCUUUUCUUUUCUAUAUAAAAGUGGAAUGUCUGCACCUUUACUCAGAAAUAUGACCUCUGUUAGUUAUUAAAAUGAAUGCUGUGAAUGGGUGAUGCUUAGUGAUUAAACACAUAGAAAUUUGUCAGAAUUAUUUGGACCCAUGUAAUAAUCUUUAUUGUUGAAAAUCA